AUGCGUUUUCAUCAUCUUAUGCUUUGGCCCUUGGCCGCCCGCGCCGUUAACAUCAUUUCGUCGAAUGACGAUGGCUGGGCAGAAGUCAACAUCCGCGCUCUGUUCGAGUCCCUCGGAGACGCAGGACAUUCCGUCGUAGUGUCUGCACCCGCCGAAAAUCAAAGUGGCACAGGAUCAAAGCAGAAGACGCCCACUGCUCUGACUGAGCCGUGCGAAUUCGACAGCUGCCCGUCUGGCAGCCCGGCUGUGGGAUACAAUGCCUCCGAACCCCGACUUGGAUAUGUCAACAGCUAUCCGGUAUCUUCAAUCAAACAUGGCAUUGAAUCUCGUGCCCCUGAAUUCUUUGAUGGCGCUCCUGAUCUGGCUGUCACCGGCCCCAAUGUCGGAAAUAACAUUGGACUCACAGUUUACUUCUCAGGAACAGCGGGCGCAGCUACUUACGCGGCUCACACCGCUGGAAUCCCUGCUAUUGCCUUCUCCGGAGCGACGGGAUCUCAGACCUCAUGGAACACCUCUCGUUCUCACUACAGUGAUGUCUAUGCGGAGCUGGCAACCAACUUGACCAACCAAGUGGUCGCUGCUGGAAAGCCAUACUUGCCACAAGACAUUUGGCUGAAUGUCAACUUCGGCAAAGUGUCUGACUCCGAAUGCGCCAACCCGGAAGAUUUCUCUUUUGUGUUGUCGCGCAUCCAUAUUGCCGUUCCCCUGAUCACCCCAGACGAUGUGACCACGUGUGGCAGCUCGAGACUUCCAAGCGAGCUCGAGGUUUCACUGGCCUCGGGAUGUCAUGCCAGUGUCUCGGUUGGGCUUGCAAGCUCAAAGAAUGACGCUAAUGCCACCAUGCAGGGGGUGGUUUUGAACAAAUUGGGCAAUUUCUUGACCUGUUUGUCUUGA